AUGUACGGCUGGAAAUUGGCAAAUAAGUUGAAGUUUGGGAGAUCAAAAGAUGAAAAAGACAAAGGAAAAGAUAGGGAUUCAAGGGAAGUCUCCAGCACUAGGCAUAGUAUGUUUGGGCAUCUGAGUAAGAACUCCCCAACUCCUGAUAUUUCCACUAGAAAAUACAGUGAAGGUGAAUAUUCUACUAGUACCGAACCGGCAGUUAUUCCUAAAGAUCGGAAGGAAACAAUUGUUGCUACCCCCAAUUCGAUUGCCCCAGUUCGUCUAUCUACAGAUGUAUCAAUUCCAAGCUUUUUUAAUAGUUCAAAUGAAGCUGCUAGCUCAUCUCAAUCUAGUUCUAGAGAUAUAGCAUCUGAUGCAACCGACCUUGCUGAAGAAGAGAAGGCGAGGGACAGUUCUAACUCGCAAUCACAAAGCGUUUCACAGAAUCCAAAUCACCAGCCACCAAAAAAUGUUCCUGAAGAAUCACAGCGGCUAGAGUAUUCGACAAUGAAUACUAGUGGUAUAAUGACAAUCAAGAUUUAUAAUGGUGAAGCGUUUAAGCUUCCAUUUCCGAUCACUUCCAACCAACAGGUGCUGGGCAAGCUAUUAGCUUCCGGUGUCAAUUCAGGCCCCGCUAGGAACAUUUCAAAUUCAAUCGAAGAACUUAUCACUAAUUUAGAGCACGUAGCCUUGGGUGAAUAUGAAGAAAAAUUACUGCCGGGCGAUCUGGCGACGAAUUAUAUCCCUGCUACAAUUACACUACCUGAUUUAGAGGGUCUCAAUCCUCUCAUUUAUUUGACAAUUGAAUUUGACAAUACGGUCGCUACUAUUGAACCAGAAUCUGGAACGAUCCAGAAUCCAGUUUUUAAUAAGAUAUCGACAUUUGACGUCACCCGUAAAUUACCUUACCUAAAGGUCGAUGUAUUCGCUCGUAUACCUUCCAUUUUGCUCCCAUCUAAGCCAUGGCAACAACUCUAUGCAAAAAGUGAUCCCGAGUUGAAAGAUUUAUUAAGGAAAGUCAACGAGAACAUGGAUAUUCAUCUUGGUUCCUUCCAACUUUCAUUGAAUCUACAGUUCAACUCUGCAUCUAGUAUAAGGUUAUACAACCAUCAGUGGCUGCAACUGGAAACGGGAUUGGGUAAGGUAAAUAUCACUGUUGAUUACAAGCCAUCUAAAAACAAACCAUUAAGCAUUGAUGAUUUUGAGUUGUUAAAAGUUAUUGGAAAAGGUUCUUUUGGUAAGGUUAUGCAGGUUAGAAAGAAAGAUACUAAUAAAGUCUAUGCACUAAAAGCUCUCAGGAAAUCAUAUAUUGUCUCUAAAUCAGAAGUAACACACACCCUUGCAGAAAGGACUGUUUUGGCCAGAGUAGAUAACCCAUUUAUUGUGCCAUUGAAGUUUUCAUUUCAAUCCCCAGAAAAGUUAUACUUGGUUCUCGCAUUCAUAAACGGUGGAGAAUUAUUUUUUCAUUUGCAAAAGGAAGGUAGGUUUGAUCUCUCCAGGGCUCGGUUCUAUACAGCGGAAUUGUUGUGCGCUUUGGAAACUUUACACAGCUUGAAUGUCAUCUACCGUGAUUUAAAACCCGAAAAUAUUUUACUGGAUCAUCAAGGUCAUAUAGCACUAUGUGAUUUUGGUUUAUGCAAACUAAACAUGAAAGAUCAAGACAAGACUAAUACCUUCUGCGGUACUCCAGAGUAUUUAGCACCAGAAUUAUUGCUUGGUCAAGGAUACUCUAAGGUUGUUGAUUGGUGGACGCUGGGCGUACUAUUAUACGAAAUGUUAACUGGCUUACCCCCAUACUAUGAUGAAGAUGUUCCAAAAAUGUACAAAAAGAUUCUCCAGGAGCCAUUGAGGUUUCCUGAUGGGUUUGACAAGGAUGCUAAAGUAUUACUAAUAGAGUUGUUGAGUCGAGAGCCUAAAAAAAGAUUAGGAUACAAUGGUGCAGACGAAAUUAAACGCCAUCCAUUUUUUAGUCAACUAAGUUGGAAGCGGCUAUGGAUGAAGGGUUAUAUUCCACCUUACAAACCUCCUGUGAUGAGCGCCUUGGAUACCAGUAAUUUCGAUCAGGAAUUCACGAGGGAGAAACCUAUUGAUAGCGUUGUUAACGAUUUUUUAAGUGAAUCAGUACAGCAGCAAUUUGGAGGUUGGACAUAUGUUGGCUCAGAACAACUCGGUGUGUCCAUGAUUCCGGGCAAAAGUAUAAGGUAA